AUGGAUCUAGUGAACCAGAUCAACGCUUGCACAGACAAUGCACAGCUUGACCGGCUCAAAAUCAGCGUAAGCGAACUCAACAGGCAAUCAGGAAAGUCACUCCUGCUCUUUGAGCGGAAAAAGCUUUACCACAGCAUCCAGGAAGCCAACAAGGCCAUCGAAGCCGCCGACAACCGAAUCAACGUGGAAUACUUCCGUUUUAAAGGAGAACCCGAAGCGCCACUGCUUCUAAAAGAAACCACCACCCGACACAUAUCGAAGCCCAGUGUGGCCCAAAAACACAUCACGCAAAUCAGCGACGAGACAGCCAGUCUAGACACCCUCUUGGGUGGAGGUCACGCCAGUAUAAGCACCAUCCGGGGCUCCACCAUCAGCAACCACAACGUAUGGCCUGCUUCAGCAACGAUACAAAAAAUCUACAAUUCAAGCGUUACCAUCAACACUACAGGGCCACUUAUGGCCAGAAACGUCAAGGACAGUACACUCUUCCCACUUUAUCUUUACAUUGUCAUGGCUCCAGUAAUCACCAGACCAGGCUCCGAGGAGAACAUUAGCUCCUCCUACUCAGAGACCCUUCCUUUGGGUGAGUACUUGUUUUUACGUAUUGCUCAGGCAAACCCUAAACUUCGCUCUGUUUUUGGUAUUCCAGGCGACUUCAACUUGGCGCUUUUGGAAUACUUGUAUACUGAUUCGGUUGCGAAGGAUAAGGGCAUUGAUUUUGUCGGUAUUUGCAAUGAGCUCAAUGCCGCUUAUGCUGCUGAUGGUUACGCCAGAGUUAUUCAAGGCUUGAGUGUUUUAAUUACUACUUACGGUGUCGGUGAGCUUUCCGCCAUCAACGGUGUGGCUGGUGCUUUCGCCGAAUACGUUCCCUUGUUGCACAUUGUUGGAACUACAUCUACGGUCCAGCAAAACCAGGCAAAGUCUGCUACUCGUCGCUCAGUGCGUAACAUUCACCACUUGGUGCCUAGCAGACACGCAUUGACUCCUCCAGACCACGAUGUCUAUAAAUAUGCCGUUCAGGGCGUCUCAUGCAUUCAAGAGUCCCUUACCAAGGAUGACUCAACCGAUAACUUGGACAAGAUCGACAGAGUUCUCUGUAAGAUCUUGCAAGAAAAUAGACCAGGUUAUUUGUUCGUUCCUAGCGAUGUUCCUGAUGUGAGAGUGCCAAAAUCCAGAUUGGCUGAACCAUUGAGUUUGAGCGAACUCAAAGACACUGCAUUGCUUGACGAUGUUACCGACAAGAUCUUGAACAAGCUUUACAGUGCCAAGCAGCCAUCUAUUUUCAGCGAUGCGUUGAUUCCUCGUUUCCGUGCUCAAGAGCAGUUUACCAAGUUUGUUGAGUCGAUGCCUAGUAAUUUUGUCAAGCUUUUCGCUUCGAACCUUGCAAGAAACAUUGACGAGAGCUUGCCAAACUACGUGGGAUGCUACUACGGUAAAUUGACCGAAGACAAGAAGAUUAUCGAAAGCAUUGAACAAAAGACUGAUGUUUUGCUUAACAUUGGUUACUUCAACAACGAGACCAACAACGGUUUCAACUCUUUCGACUUUAACAAGGUCACGGAUUAUGUUGAGAUUCACCCAGACUACAUUUUGAUUGACGACGAGUACAUUGACAUCAAGAGCGAAACCAAGGACCAGAGAGUGUUUUCAUUCAACGACUUGAUGACCAAGCUCGCAGAGAAGCUCGAUGUUUCCAAAUUCACCCACAACCAGGGCCAGAACAACAUCGACCACAAGUACGAGAUGCCAGUUUUCGCCGAGAGAGAUGGCGGCGACACCAAGACCAUUACCCAGAACAAGUUGCUUGACUUUAUGAAGGAUUACUUGCAGCCCAAUGACAUUUUCGUUGUUGAGACAUGCAGCUUCUUGUUUGGUGUGGCAGACUUGAGUCUCCCCAAGGAUGUCAGCUUCUACUCGCAGUCAUUCUACGGAUCGAUCGGUUAUGCUUUACCAGCCACGUUAGGUGCUUCGAGAGCCGAACGGGAUUUGGGUACUAAGCGCAGAGUGGUGUUGGUGCAGGGAGAUGGUUCGGCGCAAAUGACAAUUCAGGAAUUGUCAUCGUAUGUCAGACACGACAUUCAACCACCCAAGAUCUUCUUAUUGAACAACGAAGGAUACACAGUGGAGAGGCUUAUCCGUGGCCCCACGCGGUCGUACAAUGACAUUCAGGAUAACUGGAGAUGGACGCAGUUGUUGAGUGUUCUUGGAGACCCCGAGCAGAAGAAACACACGGCGGCUAAUGUGGAAAGCGCGGAGCAGUUGACGCUGGUUUUGAAGCAAACGUCGUUGGAGGAUAAGAUUGAGUUUUACGAGCUCCACUUGACUAAGUUGGACGUUCCACAGAGAUUUUCGCUGAUGUUUAGGUAG